AUGAUCUUGUUGAGCCUUGUCACCCUGGCCCUGGGACAAGGACAGACUCGCUACAAGGACGGCCCGAUGAUGGCCGCGCACCAUCAUGAGGCAGACCCCGGUUUGUACCGCAACAUCACUGUACACGUCAUCCCUCACAGCCAUGAUGAUGUGGGCUGGCUCAAGACCCUCGACCAAUAUUUCUAUGGCAGCCGAAACGACAUCCAACUGGCGGGCGUACAGUAUGUGCUGGACAGUGUCGUGCAGUACCUGUCGAGUAACCAGAAUUAUACUUUCUCGAUGGUUGAAAUAGCCUUUGUUAAGAGAUGGUGGGACGAGGCGACGCCGCAGCAGCAGGACCAGCUAAGGGGAUUGGUCUCCAAAGGGCAAAUUGAGUUCUUGAAUGCGGGGUGGUGCAUGAGCGACGAGGCCAACGCCUACUACGAAGAUAUAAUCGACCAGAUGACGGUGGGCCUGCGCUGGGUCAACUAAACCUUCGGUGUAAAGCCGACCAUCGGCUGGCACAUUGACCCCUUCGGACACCAGCAUGCACAGGCCUCGUUGUUCUCGAAGAUGGGGUUCAAUGCCUGGUUCUUUGCCAGGAUCGACUACCAGGACAAACAGCAACGCAUGGACAGCAACCGCAUGGAGACAGUCUGGAGGCCAGCCGGCACUCAAGACGAGAUCUUCACCCACGUGCAGUAUCACCACUACAGUGCCCCGCCUCGGUACAACUUCGAUAUCAAAUUCAACGACUAACCCAUCAUGGACGACCGGCUCGAGGGCUACAACCUUGACACCAAGGCGAAGGACCUGGUCGAAUACUUCCAGUCGCAGGCCCUGCACUACCGCACUCGCAACCUAAUCCACACCUUCGGCUAGGACUUCACCUACAUCACGGCUGGAACCUGGUACAAGAACAUCGACAAGCUCAUGCGCCGUAUCAACUCGGACCCCUCCCUGAACACCACCCUGGUCUAUUCCACUCCCGGCAAGUAUAUCCAGGCCAUCCAUGGGGAGGGGCAGGCCUACCCUGUCAAAACGGAUGACUUUUUCCCUUACUCGGAUGUGGAGCAUGGCUACUGGUCGGGUUACUAUGUCAGCAGGACUGCCCUGAAGGGGAUGGCGGACUUCGGCCGGUGGAUGUCAAAUGAGGAAGCUAUUCUGAACGGCCUGCAAGCUGCGGAAGAGGCUUUCGGAGUGCUGCAGCACCAUGACGCCGUGUCCGGCACGGCAAAACAGGCCGUGACCGACGACUACUACAUGAUCGGCAAGAAUACCAAGUCCUGGAGCCUCGGUGGCGGGAGAUCUCUUUCAGUCGAGAGGAAGACCAUGCUGUUCAAUUUGACAUGGGCUGCUUCACAGUGGAACACUUUCUCGCUGGCCUACAUGUACUACGAGUCUUACCAGGGCUCUGGCCAGAAAAGUGGCGCCUAUAUUUUCCGGCCAAGCAAUAAGACCUACUGGUACCCGCUCGAAUACAGCCGUGCCACCACGAUCUACUAUUUCGAGGGCAGCUAGGUGCUGGCUAUCUUCUUGCCGGGCGAGCGAGUGACCACCACCUUGUGGUUCUACCACAACGUCGCAGGCUACGAGGGGGCGGUCGACCUGACCACCCUGGUGGGCAGCAUUCCUCUGAACGGGCAGGGCAAGGAAGUGGUCAUGCAGGUGCACUGCCAGGAAAUCAGGAACAACGACACUUUCUUCACAGAUUCAUCGGGAAUGCUCAUGCAGAAAAGGAGGCUGAACUACCAGCCCCAGUACAACCUGACAGUCCAUGAGCCGAUUGCCGGCAACUACUACCCUGUGGGCUCUUUGCUGAGUAUUGUUGACCAGGACUCGAGCAAGCGGGUGUCCUUGAUGACCGACCGGGCGCAGGGCGGCAUCUCUCCUAAGAACGGCACGCUUGAGCUGAUGAUCCAAAGGAGGCUGCUGAUGGAUGACGCGCGAGGUGUUGAAUAGCCUCUCGAUGAAAAGAAUGGGGAUAAGGGCUAA